AUGAGAUUACUCAAUCCUCAACUGUAUAUUGUCCAAUUUAGGCACAAAUUCAAUUUUGGAGAUCCUGUGAUAGAUCGCUCAGCAGUUGGAACUUGUCGUCUGGCUCCUGAAGAACAAGCCGAUUUGUUGGCAGGCAUAUUCUGGAUUGGUGUGUGUCUUCUCGACUCUGAUUACGAGUACGAGUAUUUUGCGGGCAUUCGCCUUCUUUCCCGUCUCCUUCCCUGCGUCUGUUCUCCCUUGAACACCACCUCCACUACUGCCACCGCUGCCCCCACAGCCUCUUCCAGCAAUCGGAAGUGGUCUUCUCAACAACAGCAGCAGAGCUUUAUAAGUCUCCACGAUCACGUCCUGAGACUGCUACAUCGCCUCAAGUGGACAACCGGCACCGAGGAUGGCGACUAUCCAGGUCUUCUCGGUCUCCUCCUCAAGGGAUGCUUUUCAUCCACCUUAAUUGAUACGUCCUGCCGUCUUCUGGUCCAUCUCAUCUCCGCGGUCAAGUCACCAAUAGUCGAUCCCAAUGCUGAAAUUCGGCAAUAUCGUCGAGCUGCGGUGAGCGGUACCUCUCGUUCUACAGGGAGUAGUACUUCUUAUCCUGGAAUUUUGCCCACCUUGAUUAUUGUUCUCCUGCCCAUGUUAUUAACCGCAUGGGAUGAGGAUCCUGAUAGUCCAGCUUCUACAGUCCCGGAGCCCGCGAUUUCCGUUGGUGAGGUGGGUGAGGCAUGUGCAGAAGGUUCUGGAAGUCCUGCAGUGACUUCAUCCUUUUCACCACAGUCUUCAUCCUCACUACCUCCUCCUCUGGGCUCGUGGGUGCAUAGAAGUGUAGUUAUCUCGGAAACCGCAGCACCCUCGCCUUCGAGUGGACUGCUUUCGCUUAUCACUACCAUCCUCGUUUCCGGUGCUGUGGCUAAAAAGGCACCUCAGUUGAGACCGCGGAAUCCCAUUUGCACUCUGGCGGCGGAGCAACUAGCGGAACUGGCGCUACAAAUGGACGCCUAUCGAUUCAACAACCUUGCCAUUGUCCUACGUCUCUACGCCAAUGGAACUUUCUCAAAGGAUGUGAACCAGUGGGCCAAAUGUGUUACCCGCUACCUCAUGGAUGGAUGCGCUGGUCUGGGACCACGAAUCCUCACGUUUCUAACUCCAGUAAAUCCAACAACUUUGAAGUUAAUGGGGAAUAUUUGA